GAGCCUGGCAGGCUGCCGGGGGUAUAUAUAGCCCUGCCCGCAUGGCUCGCAAUGGUGUUCAUGAGUGCGGGGCUCCUGCCACCUGCUGCGCUUGGGACCAGCGGCUGAAUUCUCCAGAGAACCGCAACUGCGCCCAGCCCCAGAAGCAGAGGCUAUGAGGAUCCGCAUGAUUUCGGCUGCCUUCGUCCUCGUCCUGCUGUUUCUCCCGUCGGAGAACGGGUCCCCGCUGGAGCUGGCCCGGGGAGCUGCCCCGCAGUUCGCUCUGGUCCCCGCUCCAACCUGGGAACUGUGGCCGAGGAGACCGGGGCUGGGGGCCAAGCCCCCGAUGCCUUCAGCGGGCACAGAAGCGGGGCUCCCCUCUCUCCAGAGACUGCUCGGUCCCUGCGAGGCCGGGGGCGCGGAGAGCACCCCGGAGCUGCGAAGGAAGGGGAGAUCUCCCUACUCCUCGCGGCGGAAAGACGGCAGACCCAACUCCCUCGACCUGACCUUCCACCUCCUGCGGGAGUUCCUGGAGAUGUCCCGGGAGGAGAGACUGGCCCAGAAAGCGCUGAGCAAUCAAAUGCUGCUGCAGAACAUCGGGAAGUGAGGGCGGGCUGGGGGAGGAGGCAGGGGGCUGGGGGGGGGUCGCGUUUUGAGGUUGCACAUUUAAAUAUAUUCUUGUAACAAGUGUCAAGGGGGGGAUCGGCCCGGCGCCCCUGAGUCGCUGGGGCAGGAAGGGAGAUAAACACCCCGCUUUUCGGGCCAGGGGAUGAGGACGGCGGGGGGGGGGGCGCUGCCAGGUGUGAGUCCCACGGGGCCAGGUGUGUUCUCGCUCCGCUUAGCGCUCCGUCCCGGGCCGCUGUCGCCUGUGUUCUGUGUGUGCCGUGGAGUAAAGCAUGGCAGUGCCCGAGCUCGCAAUAAACUCUAUUUUAACAAGCCUGCUUCUCUUAACGCCCGCCGGCCCCUUCCUGGCCCCGCUGGGGCCUUCCGGCUGGCGCUACCCGGCCUGCUGCAGGCACGAUGCCAGGGGGAUGGCCGGGUUCUCACAGCGGCGCCCUGAUGGGCUGGGGGCGCACGGAGGGGGGGCGCCCCAGGGCUGCCCCCCGCCAAGGAGGUCAAAGACGGAGGGAGGCUUUUUCCGAGAGGGGCAGGUUCGAACCUGCUACAGGGGCUGGAUUUACACAGAAACUAGUUUGUUUGGCAUUUCGGACCCGGCUUGACUCCGGAGUUCCAUUGGCUCCACACGACACUUGUUCAGAACCAGAGUGAGAGGAGUCCCCGAAUGCGCCCCAAAGAGGCAGCACUGGCCGGGGCACGGAUCCCCCUGGGGUCCCAUUAGCACGUUGGGACUCAAAGGCUUUUCAAGCAGCAUCUUAUUCCAUCUGAUCCCCCUGAGCUUUCAGGUAAAAUCCUGGAGGUGAUGCCAGAGGCUCAGGCCUUGCUGAAACCCAGGGGCUGCCAGCAAAGCCACCUUACAGUGGCAACAUAUCUUCCCUUCCCUCCAUG